CUAGCAUGUUUUGCAAUUCGCUCACUGAAGGUAGGUGCAACAUACAAAAGAUGAGCGUUUUUACCAUGAAGUUUAAAGCAGUGCUGCAUCAAGACCUGUUUGAAAUCCAAGCAGUGCAACACCACUCAAGGUGGCGUGGCCGGUAGGCAAAGCAGCACCUCUCACCACGGUGAAGCACAAAUGCUUCACUGUCACAAAGCGGUUUUGCUGCUGAUCAUCUGUAGGUGGCCCUAGGGGUGUUUUGAUGUUGAUUAUUGUGCGUGUUACUUAAAAGCUGUAUGUCAACAUGAAUAUUUAAAUGACAUGUAAGGAUUGCUUACUACACAAACUGAAUUUCAAUGCACUGUGAUGUGUGCAUUUUAUUUUCCAUAUAGUGAAAACUGUCAGGACACCUGCACCAGGCAGAACAUGUACAUAUGAAGGCCAUGGUGUAGGCCAAUACUGAUGAUGUAUUGUAGUAUGUACUUUGAAGAGAAACAGGCAAAUUAAAUGUUAGUAAAAUUGUAAUGCAUCUUCAGUAUUUAAUGGUAUGGUGUGUGUGUAUAUACUUUUUAGUGCACAAGUGUGUUCUAUUGAACAUCUGCUUAGUUUUGCAGACUUUGAUUGUGUGUGCAUGUAAUUCUAACUGCACUGCUGUAUCGUUUUCUUGUAGAAGUAUUUUCCUAAAUUAUGUGUCUUUUUCUACACAGAUGGUGGUUAGCAUUAAAACGAUGACUGUGUGGGACAAAGACAAAGCAUAGAGAAAAAGGAAAGCUGAACUGUGCUGGAAAAAGACCAUGGCUCAAACAUUACAGAGCCAGAGUCAUUUUAUCAAUAAGUACAUAGAUCUGCUCACGCAGGAUUCAGAGAAUCUGGACGCCUCAGCCUCUACAUCAGCAGAGCAUGGGUACCUAAGCAUGCUCGUAGUGACACAGCGUUCUUAAUAAGUCAACUUGUAUUGUAUUCUCAAUAUCCAGGCAGUACAUUUAUGUCAGUAAAUGCAUGCAUCAACACUUCCUUGACUUUGCUGAGCAGUUGUCUGUUCUUUGUCCUAAAAGUUCUUGCAUAUAAUGGUGGUCUUCACAUAACAUAAGUAAAUUCCCAUCCUUAAACUCUUUAUCUUGCAUAUUCAUUUCGAGCAUUUUCUGUUGGGGUAAAUGAGUAGAGAGGAUCCUAGGCCAUUUUUAGCAAUUUCCUGCCCCAGUUCAUGUGACAGUGCUCUGGUGUGUGUGGGACCUCGUCGUUGGCGUGCCAGAGGAGGAGAGAGGAGGCAGAUGGAGAUGUGUAUCCUGUGUCACGAAGCGCAGGAGAUCCUACCUGAUGGCGCCGUCAUGGUGCUCGCUGCCUUUGUCCAACGCUCUCCGGUCAUGUCCAAGAACCGCAAAAGACCCCCUCACAAUCCAGAGAGCUGUGAUCCCCUCUUCAUGCACCCUGACCUGUCCUUUGGUACCCAUACCGGCAGCUGUGGCCACAUCAUGCACUCUCACUGCUGGCAGAGGUCUUUGAAUAUCAAUGAUGCAAACAGGGAGGAGAAAUAUAACAGAACGAAAGACCAACAAUCAGAAGCAGCAGAUCGCCAAGAUGGAUAUCUGGGGCGUCAGGAUGCCACCAAUGACUACGCCAUGCUACGCCAACAGGAGGAGGAGUCCAGGUACAAGGGGGAGUUUGUGUUCAGUACAGAGACCCAGCCCGGGACCGACAGGGUGACCUCAGAGCUCGAACCUGAGCUCCACGAGGUGGGCUCACCUGCCGAGCUCCAGCAAAGGGUCAGCGGGGAGGCACUAGCACCAGGCUUUGGUGUCCGAGUCCCAGUCAAGUCUCAAGUCCCUAAGGUCCCAGCCAAGCCUCGCGUCCCUGAGGUCCAAAUCAAGCCUCGCGUCCCUGAGUUCACGUUCAGGCCUACUGACCCAAAUGACCAAAUGCCGCUCACGCCCAGCCAAGCUCCGCUCACGCCACAGUCCGCCGACACGCACCGCCAAGCUCCGCUCACGCCACAGUCCGCCAACACGCACCGCCAAGCUCCGCCCAUGCCCCAGUCCGCCGACACGGUUCACAUAGUGACCUCAGAGCCUCAGCCUCCCCGUUCAGCUGAGGUCGUCGCUCAGACUCCCCGUUCAGCUGAGGUCGUCGCUCAACCCGCCUGCUCCAUGGCAACUAGUGUUCCCCCUUCUGCUUCGAGGAGACCCACGCUCCUCGCCCUGGCCGCACGGGGGACUUCUCUCGGCCUUCCAGUUCAGCUGGGGACGUCGCGCCGCUUUCAUGCUCUGCCAAGGAAAUAUCUCAGCCUCCCUGUGCCAUUGUAGAAGCCGCCCGGCCUCCUGAUUUUGCGGGGGACAUUUUCUCCAGGGAGCCAGGACCACCAGAUGGAGGACGCAUAAUUUUGGGCGCUCCGGGAGUAGCGCCCUUGGGGGAGGGUUCUGUCACGUAUCAGGAAGCUCUGGACUCCACUUCCCAUCAGCCACUGCACUGCACUACAUGUCACAUGACCACCUGCACCUGAUUCACGUUUUGGUUAAUGAGCACUCGUGUAUAUAUAGCCAUUGUCUGCACUGAUUCACUGUCUUUUGUUGUAUUAGACUACCAUGUUACAUGUUUUGUUUCAUGCCACAGUACUUUGCCUAGUUGUCGUAGUGUCUAUGUUUUGUUGUUUGUUCAUAUAAUAAAUGUUAUAUAUCUGUGAUUGCUUCCGAACCCAUCCUUGAUUCGUGACACCAGGGUGUACAAACAUUUUUUUUUUUUUCUUCCUGGUCGCGUAUUUAAAAUUCUUACUUGAACCGGUACAUCUAUACGAUAUAAUUUCGUCAUGUGUGUGCUUGUGUGUGUAUUUGCACAUGUAUGUGCACGUGUGUGUUUUCCUACUAUAGGUGUUUAAGAACUCUUUGAUCCACCAGAGGACGGGUGAUAAGAACCCAUGUCGGUACUUCUCUAAGCAGGAGCUGAAGGAGCUUUUCACACUGGAGGACACGUACUCGUCCUCCAUUCGGCCACAUCUCCUCUCUGAAGGGCAUGAAUGUGUUUGGCGUGUCCCGUCAUGACUUGCUGUUCUCUAAUGAGGAUACUCUGCAGGACGAGGACAAAUAUGGUCACAAUUUGGCCCAUAUCUGUUCAGCAGUGCUAUAUCUAGGCCAUAUGUGACGGAUAAUACCCACAUGUGGCCCAAACGUACUUGCUAUUUGGGAUGUCUGGUUGGGGUGUGAGAAUUUUAGAUGCUGGAUUGACAGUUAUAUUAUUAAAUAACAAUAUGAACAGCAAGAUUAUUAAUUGGAGUAGCAGAAGUAAUGAAAAUAGCAAAUGUUAAUAUUCAUAAAUACAGGUAAUGGGAUUUAGUGUUAAUAGUGCAAGAGUAAGUGUAAAUAUGAAUCUGAAACAGAUGUGGCUGUUCAUCUCAGUGCUUUAAUUGAAGAAAAAGUCAAAAAAAUUUAGCCAUGUUGUAUAACAUACAUAAAGGGCAAGCAGGCGGAGCACACUGUGUGUGUCAGUGACUGUGUCUGUAUGGUUGGAUGAUGAGCAGGUGUGUGUGUGUGUGUCAGUGACUCAGGUGUCUAUACAGUAAGCUGAUGAGCAGUUGUAUCUCACUGUCUCCAGUGUUAAUGUCAGUGGCCUUCAGAAAAAAGUCCAGUGCUUCCUGUUUCCUCCCUUCAGACAAACACUGUUUCCCAGAAUGCACCAGUGAAUCAAACGAUUCCUCUUGAUGUGUGACAUCAUUUGGACUCUGCACUUCAGUGGCUGCACACUGAUGCACAACUUCACUAGAGGCCAGUUGAACGUCAGUGAAGCUUUUUACCAUCACCUUCCUCUUCCUCCUCGCACUCAACCAUGUGUUCACUAGGCUCUGGCUCGUCCUCUGGCUCCUCCCACUCCUCUCAUAUUUCCUCUUUCGUCUCUGGUUCCUCCUCUUCCUCCUCCAUAUCCUGCAGCUGUGACUGUACUCAUGAGCGUGUGCCAGUGUACACCUCAGAGCUCUGGACUCGAAACUUUACAUUCUGAAACCCUGUAAGACUUACCCUGUGUGUGUGUGUCUGUCUGUCUGUCUGUCUGUCUGUGUGGUCACUUCUUCCAUAAGGCAUGUGUUGAGCCAUGGCUGAUGGAUCACAGGACCUGCCCGAUGUACGUGUGUCAUCCUCAAAUCCCUCAGAGUAGAGGUGAGGUGUGUGCGUAAAUGGA